AUGUCCUCGCCAGCAGUUCUUGCCGCACGCGCUGCUCUUGCCAGCAUAGAUCUCACCAGUUAUGACCCUGAACAAUCGAGACUGAUGGAUGAGAAAUGCAUCUUGGUCGACGAGCAGGACAACGCCAUCGGCGCGAUGGAUAAGAAGACUUGCCAUCUCAUGGAAAAUAUCGACAAGGGUUUACUGCAUCGAGCCUUCUCUGCGUUUGUCUUCCGUCCCUCCGAUGGCAAGCUUCUCCUACAGCAGCGUGCUUCGGAGAAGAUUACCUUUCCCGACAUGUGGACGAACACGUGUUGUUCGCACCCACUAGAUGAUUUCGAAGAAGAAAAGAUCGAGGAGAAUCAGCUCGGAGUGCGGAUCGCAGCUUCGAGAAAACUGGAGCAUGAGCUUGGUAUUCCGCAAAGCCAAACACCAAUCGACGAGUUCCAGUACUUGACGAAGAUUCAUUACCUCGCACCGUCGAACGGUAUGUGGGGUGAGCAUGAAGUCGACUACAUCUUGUUUAUGACGGCGGAUGUUACGGUGACGCCAAAUAAGAACGAGAUCCGGGACUACAAAUAUGUGGACAAGGCUGAGCUACAGGCGAUGUUCAAUGACUCAUCAAAUUCUUUUACACCUUGGUUCAAGCUGAUUGCUCGUGACUUUUUGUUUGAGUGGUGGGAUACUCUUGUAGAGCGGCAGGGCUUUGAUGGUCGUGUCUACGCAAAGACUUUAACAGGCGUCGCUGACGGUUCGAAGGUUGUCAAGAUGUGA